UGUUUCUCUCCCCCCUUCCCCCAAUCCGCGCAUUCGCGUCGUCCCUCGCCAAGUGCUCGCGACGGGAUGGCGUUGCAGCGGGUCAUCCCACCGCUGCCGGCUACGGAGCGAGGGACCUUCUGCUCCAUUUCCUGUGACAAAGCAGGGGAGCGCUUGCUGUACUGCAGCGGCACCAACGUGAUUUGGCGCCCCGUGGCGAACUCUGAGAAGCCUGAGGAGGUGUUCUGCUGGAAAGGCCAUGUGAAGAAGACCACCUGCGCGGCCAUGUCCCCCAACGGCCAGUGGGUCGCCUCCGGAGACGUGACUGGCGGGCUGAGGCUCUGGGGCGCCAAGGGCGAGCACGCGCAGAAGAACGAGUACAGGCUUUGGGAUGGCACGGUGAAAGACGUCGCCUGGAGUGAUGACUCCGGCAGGUUGGUGGCCGCGGGAGAUGGCAAAGAAGUGCGUGCGGCAGCGAUGAUCUGGGACACGGGCAGCAAGACCGGGGAGGUGGGCGGGCACACGAAGCAGGUGAACUCCAUCUCCUUCCGGUCCCAACGGCCCUUCCGGGUUGUCACCGGAGGGGAGGACAUGCAGGUGAACUUCCACCAGGGCCCGCCCUUCAAGUUCGCGAGGUCCCACUCCGCCCACACCAACUUCGUGAACUGCGUGCGCUUCUCCCCGGACGGGAACUGGUUCGUGUCCGCGGGCUCGGACUCCAAGCUGUGUCUCUACGAGGGCAAGGACGGGGAGUUCCAGAAGGAGUUCGAGAAGCCGGCGAACGUCUCGGGGAGCUUCUGGGUUUGCGCCUGGUCCCCCGACAGCGGGCGCGUGGCCACGGCCGGGGGGGACAAGAAGCUGAGGCUUUGGGACCGGGAGAAGGGUGCGCAGGUGGCGGAGGCCGCAGCAGGCACUGCCUUGGCGGACAUGCAGGUGGGUCUGGUUUGGGCCUCCGCCGCGCGCCUGGUCUCCGUGUGUCUGGACGGCCGUCUCCUGUCCUGGGACGUCACAGCUGACGGCCUCAACUUGGCGGGGGUGAUGGAUGGCACGCAGGGCCCUUUGAACUGCCUCGCGUGCGACGGGAAGUCGGGCUGCCUCAUCUACGGCGGCACGGAGGGCACCGUCGCCAUCGCCUCGGGUCCGGCACCCGCCUCGGGCGGCUACGCAGCCGCGCCGGACGCCGGCGCGGCGGCCACAGGCACUCUGAAGGCCACGGUGGGCAAGGGCAUCCAACAUAUCCUCGCGCACACCGAGCGCUUCGCUGGACCUCCAGAGGCCUGGGUGGUGUCCCUGGACGACUGUGCGAGGCGCCUGGGUUUGGAGGGCGGGGACCUCAGCGGUCCGGUGGAGCUCAAGGAGUUCGUGGUGGGCGCUGGGUGGCUGGACGCCGCCGAGUCCGCGAUCAUCAUGGCCACGGGCAAGAAGAGCUUCCUUUGCGUGGACUGCGCAUCCGCCUCGCUGCGGUGGAGCAAGCCGGAGGCGGUGGCGAGGCGCCCCACGGCCCUGGCCUCGUUGCCUUCCGCGCGGCUGGCGGUGGCGCUGGAGCAGCCCGACGGAUCCGUGGGCGGCGUGGCCUCCACCCAGUUCGACAUCCUGCUCUUCGACACGGAUGCUGCUGGGGGCGCGGAGGGCGUUGUGGAGAAGGCGUGCCUCUCCAAGCACCUGGCGCAAGUCUGCGCUCUGCGCUUUUGCGGGGACGGGAAGUAUUUGGCCUCCGGGGAUGCGGGGAACAAGAUCUUGGUCUGGGAUCUUCAGCUCGAGACCCCCACCGUCUGCAUCUCAGAUUGGGCGCAGCACACUGCUCGGGUGGCAUCGUUGGACUGGCAGGGCCACAAGUUGGUGAGCGGGUCCUUGGACCAGCAGCUCAUCUUCUGGGACGCCGACAGCCCGGCCAAGCGCGUCCAGGUGAAGGACGCCCACAAGGGCGGCGUCACCGCCGUCUGCGCGGCCAUGGGCGGUUUCGCCUCGGUGGGCCACGACGGGUUCGUGCUGGUGCACGCAGCCUAGGCAGAGGGCCCGUUUGUGUCACCCAAGGCUACAAGGGGAAUGUGGAGCUCAC